AUGCAGAGUAGCUAGAAAAAUGAGAAUCUUAGCAGAAAUCCCAACUCUUAAAAGAAAUAAGAAAAGAUUGCCUCUAGAUUAACAUUUCUCAGACUUGUUUUAUGUGAUAAAAGAACCAUAAGGGCUUCUGCUUAAAUUUGUAAGAUAAACUUUUCAACAGCGAAAGCCAUACUAAAUAAAUUUAGAAGGCACGGCGUUCUUUAAGAGUCUAAUAAAGGUUCAUUUAUGAAAUAAAGUAUAGAUUACGAUGGUUAACUUGAUCUACUAAGAUAGAUUGUUUAAAUCCAGAAAGGUAUUAGAUGUGAGCAGAUCUCUAAAAUGCAAUAAUGCAGAUAGAAAUUGAAUAACUAGUUAUAACUAUUUCUUUAGAAGAAUUAAAUUUAGAAGGAUAGUGAGUAAUUCAAUAUCUAAAUGGAUAAAAAUGUGCUUGAAUAACAACUCAGAGAGGAAAAAUAAAAUGAGUAUAAUUUAUUAAGGUAAAUAUUAGAAUAGUAAAUACUUUUGAUAAAUAAAAUAUGUCGAUGAUUUUGAUGCCACUAUUUUAUGUUUAUUUUAAUAUUAAAUAUCUUGAUGUUAUAUUGAUGAAGGUAGCAAAUAUAAAAAUUAUAAUUCAAUAAUUUAUAAAGUUUAUUUUGGAAGGUUGA